GCCGCCGCCGCUGCCGCCGCCGCCGCCGGGCAGUACCGGGUGUGCGGCAAUUGCCGGAAGGUGCCGAGACAGGAAAAGAGAGUACAAGUGUCCCCGCCGUUGACAAGAGGACCAAGUGCCUUUAUACCAGAGAACGAAGUUAUGCAAGCAAACGGUUUGGAUGAACGUACCAAUCUUCUUGUGGAAGAAUAUUCUACGUCUGGUCGCCUGGACAACAUCACACAGGUCAUGAGUAUCCACACUCAGUACCUGGAGUCCUUCCUCCGCAGCCAGUUCUAUAUGCUGCGCAUGGAUGGGCCCCUUCCUCUGCCCUACAGGCACUACAUUGCUAUCAUGGCUGCUGCCAGACAUCAGUGUUCCUACCUAAUAAAUAUGCACGUUGAUGAGUUUCUGAAGACUGGCGGGAUUGCAGAGUGGUUGAAUGGUUUAGAAUACAUUCCCCAAAGACUGAAAAACCUGAACGAAAUAAACAAACUUCUUGCACACCGGCCCUGGCUGAUCACGAAAGAGCACAUCCAGAAACUUGUCAAGACUGGGGAAAAUAAUUGGUCUCUUCCUGAACUGGUGCAUGCUGUUGUCCUGUUGGCACAUUAUCAUGCCUUGGCAAGUUUUGUAUUUGGUAGUGGCAUUAAUCCAGAGAGAGAUCCGGAUACAUCUAAUGGAGUCAGACUUAUAGCAGUCAACAACUUCUGUGUCUGUGAUCUUGCCAAUGACAACAACAUAGAAAAUGCAUCUCUCACAAGUAGCAACUUUGGGAUUGCAGAUUCUUUAAGUGAGCUGGAGGCCCUGAUGGAAAGGAUGAAGAGACUACAAGAAGAUAAAGAGGAUGAAGAAGCCUCUCAGGAAGAAAUGGCAACUCGCUUUGAGAAGGAAAAGAAGGAGAGCCUGCUAGUAAUUAGUGGAGCAUUUGAUGAUGAAAUAGUUUCUACAGAUGUCUCCCGUUAUGUUGAAGAUCCUGGGUUUGGGUACAAAGACUUUGCAAGGCGAGGAGAAGACCAUCUGCCAACAUUCAGAGCUCAGGACUAUACUUGGGAAAAUCAUGGCUUUUCCCUUGUAAACAGGCUUUAUUCUGAUAUUGGGCAUCUCCUGGAUGAGAAGUUUCGGAUGGUGUAUAACCUCACAUAUAACACUAUGGCAACACAUGAAGAUGUUGAUACAACUACGCUAAGAAGAGCUUUAUUUAACUAUGUCCACUGUAUGUAUGGAAUCAGGUAUGAUGACUAUGAUUAUGGAGAAGUUAAUCAGCUACUUGAACGCAGCCUGAAGGUUUACAUAAAGACAGUGACCUGCUACCCAGAGAGAACUACCAAGCGCAUGUACGAUAGUUACUGGCGCCAAUUCAAGCACUCGGAGAAGGUUCAUGUCAAUCUACUUCUGAUGGAAGCUCGGAUGCAAGCCGAACUUCUGUAUGCCCUUCGUGCCAUAACUCGUCACUUAACCUGAAGCACUCGCUGGCCAGGAGUACAGGGGCUUCUACUGAGUAUGUAAAGACCUUUCAAAAUAGAUACACACCAGAAGCUGUUUGUGAUGUAGCAUCAGGUUAUUCAAUUCUCUAGUGUCAAAGUUUAGCCGUGCUUCUUGGCGGCUGUAAUGUGCAAUGACGUGUUUUAUUUUCUUGAUGCUUAACAUUACUAAUGAUAACAAAAGUAACACUGAGGAGCGCUACUCUGCAUUGUUUCCGGCUGGAUUUCUGCACAGUGGUCAGGAUCCUGAAACUGGUUUUAUUGUAUCCAACCCUAGCGCUUUGUUCUUUAAGCACUGGAGUGAAGUGCUUAGAGACUUCUUUUUCCAAGCAAUCAUUUUUCAGAUGAGUGGAGUCCAGCAGAAGAUCAGUUCUGCCUGUCCUGAGAACGUCCCACCACGUCGUGACUCGCGACAGAGAUGCGCGGGCUGUGCCACAUCAAAUUGCCCACUGGAUUCUCCUGUGUGUCCUGGAGACUGCUGCCAGUCACUGUCUUACUACAGCAAUUGGAGGUGAUGCGAGAUGUGGAUGCAAGCAUCGAGCACACUUUAAUGUGAAAUUAAUCUUGGUAAAUCCUACAGCAUGCUACUGAAGUGCAAAAUUCAUCUGCUUUGUCGUGCCCCUUCACAAAGAGAAGAGGCCUCACAGUUUGCCAUUUCAGCCACACUUACUGUGUUUCAAUCAUGCAUAGUCUUGUUUUACUGACAGUCACCCUCAGUUGUCCUGACAAUAUCCAUGCUCAUCACGUGUUGCAAUUUGUUUAGUUGGCACCUAUAAAAUUAAUACACAGGCUGACCAAAAAUAGGGUUGUGGGGUUUUUUGCACUCUCUUCUUUAUCAAUGUUUUAACUAAGGAAAGUAAAGGAAGGCUAGUAUAUCUAUUCUUUCAUAUUGGAUGUAUAAAAAUUAUUUCCCAUAACUUUUUCAUAGCAUGAAAUUGUAAUAUUCAAAGUUUUAAAAGUUUCUAUGCAUUAGUGUGAGUGAACAAAAGAAAAGUGCAAUAUUUAGAAAGAAAGCAAGCUUUUUUCCCUGACAUGCCACUGCUAAAGUGUCCUUCUUAUAUAGCCAUAAAGAAAUUUUAAAACCAAAUUUCUUUAUUGUCUAGCAGUUUUGUUUUAGCUUUUAUGGCUUAAGACAACCUGAUACUCAGAUGCCAAAGCAUCCCCAAAACAAAGCAUUUUUGGACAACCAGUAAUAUUGGGGAAGGGAAGAAAUAAGCUGCCAAAAAUGUCACACUUUUGUGCUGUUUUCUGUUGCUUUUGACUAAUUUUUGAGAGCACAAAAUGUUGAUAUUUAUAGCUUUAUUUUGUAUUGCAUUUAAUGAACCAGUGAAGUGCCUAAAGAGAUGCUUAAACUUACCCAGUAGAACACCAGUUAACUGCUUCAACUUUUGUCUGUUGAUUUGGACUUUUCAUAUUUCUUUUGAGGAGGGUGACUUUUAUUUCUGUGAUAUAUAUUCAAAACUAACCGGACAGGUUUAUUUUUAAUGUUCUGUUGGAUUGUAGAAGUUAAUGCAGGACUUUUUUUCAUUGGUGAUUGCAGAACAGUUAGAAAAAAAAAAUACUACCAGUCAUAUUUCGACACUUUUCAUUUACAAAACCAUGGACCAGUACUCUACUAAAGUUAGUUUUCUCUUUUCUUCCCUCUUCCUGAUCCAUGCUUUGACUUUGCAUGUUGGUUUUUCUGCUUUAUCUGUCCGCUCCAGAUUGGAAAGCCCGAUGAUUGUACACUUUUCUGCACUUUCAGACUGCAGACUCUGCAUGUGAAAACCUUUUGAGGAAGAAAUCAGUAACUAUUUUUUUUUAAGUGUCAUUUGGCUAUUUAGAAAACUACCCAACAGACAGCACUGGUCUGUCUUGUAGAAAGCAUCAGGUAGAACAUCAGAUUUAUUUAUCUUGUAUAGCUAACUGCAAAGAUUUCUCAGAACUACUGAGAUGCUCAUAUGUGUGAACUUAGAUUUGCUUUCUAAAUUGUUGUGAUCCUUUCCCCCCUGCUUCUUGUGAUUGUGGUGGCCAUACCUAAUGGCUUCUGCUGAGAGAAGUUUUCAUGCAAUACUUUUGUUUUUCGGAGUGAUGGGAACUGUUCAGUACUGCUUUAAAUUUCUUUGCAUUGAAAAGUCAAGUAGUUUUCAAAGAAGCACAGUUGAGCUCUGGAAAGGAGGUGAAAUUAGAUUUGGGUAACUAAUAUGAUGGCUUCAUUUCUCCUCAGAAAUGCAAAGACUUCCGGAGUAGGUUGAGUUUUACAUUUGGAAACAUGAGUGCCUUUACUUCUUUCCUUAUGAAAUAUACUUGCCAGCUCAAAUGCCUUUAUGAACAAAGUGUACAUGAGCAGAUUUGAAAUACAGAAACCAUAAAUGGAUUGCUUCACAGAACUUGUAGUAAACCAGUGUUUUGUUUUGGUUUUUUAAGUGCCAUAUCAAGUCCCAUAUGGCCUGCAAGACAUUCCAUCAUAGGAAAUGUCAUUGUACAGCUAGUUUGGUAUUUCUCUUUUUUUUUUUUUUCCUUUAAUAUUAAAUGCAAACUUGAAACAUCUGGAAGUGUUUUCCAAGUGGCAUUUUUUUUCAAAGUAUUGCAUUUAUAGUGCAACAAUUUAUAACCUAGUUUUUAUACACAAAUUUGGGAUUUUUAAUAGCUGUUUGUUCAGAAUAGAUGUUUAAAGUCAGACAACACUACCAUACACUUUAUGCACGCUUUAGGUUCACACUGUGCCAACUUUUAAUGUGCAAGUGUUCUUGGAUUUAUUUUGCAUUUUUAAAGCACACAUGAAUGUGAAUCUUCACACCUUUUUCAUUAAUAUUUUUCUUAAGAGUACCAGAAUCAUUGGAAGUGUAGAUCCUCUCCCUUUGUGUUCCUUCAUUGGAAUUGGUAAUUACCAGCAUUCAUGUUAGUCUACAAAAUCCCAGCCGUGACCAACGUAAAAACAAAAUGUACAGUCUCCUGUCUACUGAAGAGAAAGCUUGAUAGGUACAAAUUAACCAGCUAGCACAGGGAGCACUGUGAGUAGGGAACAGAGCUUUUGAGCAUGGACAGCUUCUUAUCAUUGCAGAGUCACUUGAAAUGUGUGUUGCUGUAGAGUAUGUCCUUGCUGAGAUUGCUCUAUUUUUUUUGGUAAUGAAGAGAAGUGAAAAAGGUGCCAACUGGAGAAAGCAUUUGCAUUUCCCAGAACAUUCUACCCACAGCCAAACUUCAUGAGAGUAUCAUCAUACAAGAAUAGAAAUAAUUGUUAAAACAGAAAUAAUAAUUUUAAAUUUUGGUGCAGUUUGUGCAGAUAGCUACUACAGCUAGUGCUGUGGUGUCCUAUGAGAUUUUUGGUGAGCUGUAGAUGGAUUUAUUUUCAUCAAGGCUGAAUUGAAACAUAUAUCCUUUGUCCUAAAGCCUUCACUAAAACGAAAAUCACAGAAUCAUAGAAUUUGCUAAGUUGGAAAAGGCCCACAAGAAUCAUCAAGUCCAACUCCUGACCCUGCACAGGACAGGUCCGAGAGUGAUACCAUGUGCUUGAGAGCAUUGUCCAAACGCUUGUUGAACCCUGUCAGGCUUCCCUGGGGAGCCUGUUCCAGUGUCCAACCAUCCUCUGGGUGAAGAACCUUUUCCUGAUAUCCAACA